AUGAAACGUAAGCUUGGGCGUCCUCAGAAAAAAGGUGGUAAUGCUAAGAACGCACGAUAUGCUCCUACCAGUGUAACCGAUAUAGACCAACAUGGAGGUUUGUUCGGUUACAAUAUCAAUGAAGUUCCUGAUCUAACACCCUCGGGAAUUCGUAAUGCACAACAGAGACGAAUGCAUAUCAUGCGUGAGAGGAAAAAAAGAAAAGAAGCUAUUGAUCUUUUGGCUACUUCUAUCAACACUGAAGAGUUUGCUUGCUUUAUUGCUACUGAUUCUGAGUCCGAUAUGGAUAAUGAUGAAGACUCUAUGUCGGAAAGUGAGGAUGUGGAAAAAUCGAGGCCUGAUAAUAAAAAGAAAGGAAGACCCAAAAAACGUGCUAAAACCUCUGAAUUUGGUGAUGGGGAUGCAACAGAGACCGUUGUUACUAGAACAGAUUUAUUGGAAUCAGUUAGUCCUGGUCUGAAAGAUGGAGAUAAACAUAACAAACAUGUGGAUGCAUUACGAAACGUUCGAGAAAGGUUUGAUCCUAACGAUGAUACAAGCCGGUUAAGGAUAAUUUUAAAGUGUGACAGGAAAAGCGAUGGAAGGACUGAGAAUCUACCAGCUACUAAUGAAGUUGCUGCAUUGAUACCUAAUGAUUUCAAUGGUGCGGUAGAUGCACGUGAUAUCAUCAUCGAGUGUAAAAAGACUGGGAAUCUCAAAAGGAUCAGUGAACUACAUCCUGCGUAUCUGCCUUUGCAAUAUCCAUUAUUGUUUCCCUAUGGUGAGGACGGGUUCAGACUUGGUAUCGAUAUUGGUUUUGUAGAUACUCAAGGGAGGAAAAGGUUGCAUAUUACUAUGAGAGAGUUUUUUGCUUACCGCAUACAAGAGAGGGUUGGUGAGUCACCAAUCAUCCCUUUAUCUGGAAGAUUGUUCCAGCAGUUUUUAGUGGAUGCGUACACGAUGAUUGAGACUAAUAGACUACGUUUCAUAUCAAUGAAUCAGUCUAAACUUCGUUGCGAAAAUUAUGACAAAAUAAAGAAAACUGUUGAUGGAGGUGACACUGAUCUUUCUGACAAGGGUAAACGUAUUAUUAUACCUUCUUCUUAUACUGGUGGUACAAGGUAUAUGGUGCAACACUAUCUAGAUGCGAUGACUACUUGCCAGCAUUUUGGUUUUCCGGAUAUUUUCAUAACUUUUACGUGUAAUCCCAAAUGGCCUGAGAUUACCAGGCACCUAAAAAGACAUAACUUGAAGCAAGAGGAUAGACCAGAUAUAUCGAUCUACACGAUUGAGUUUCAAAAACGGGGGCUACCUCAUGCACACAUCGUUCUUUUUUUAGAAGCUGGUCACAAGCUACCAACUGGUGAUGACAUUGAUAAGAUAAUAUGUGCUGAGAUUCCUGACAAGGAUAUUGAUCCAGCGCUGUAUGAGAUAGUAGGAGAUGUUAUGAUGCAUGGUCUAUGUGGUGCUUUGAAUAAGGAUAGUGUUUGCAUGGCUGAAGGAAAAUGUACAAAGUAUUUUCCAAAACCUUACAGUCCGAUCACUAAAAUAGAUGAUGUUGGAUAUCCUAUAUACAGGCGACGUAAUGACAAGAAAGUUAUCGUUAAAAAGGGUAUUGAAUGUGAUAAUGGAUUUGUGGUUCCUUAUAAUAAGAGUCUCACACUGCUUUAUAGGGCUCAUAUCAACGUCGAAUGGUAUGUAGCACCUUCGGAGUCUACGUGGAGAAUUUUCCGUAAUCAUACUCACCAUCGCACGGUUUCUGUAAUUAAACUACCCUUUCAUUUACCGAAUCAGCAAAUGGUCAUAUACAACGAGGAUGAUCCAGGUGACGAGGUUAUUAAUCGUGUCUCAGUUGGUACGUCAAAAUUCAUUGCUUGGAUGGAAUGCAACGAUAUGUAUGAAUUGGCGAGGACGUUAACUUAUGCGCAAUUUCCUACGAGAUUUGUGUGGAAUAACACAAAGAGAAUAUGGACGCCACGAUCAAGGAGAGUUGCUCUUGGUAGAAUCACGUACGUACCCAUUGGGGCAGGUGAAGCGUAUUAUUUAAGGCUUCUGCUUAAUUUAGUCAAAGGACCACGUAGUUUUGAUGAUAUAAAAACGGUCAACAAAGUUCUACAUUCUUCGUUCAAAGACGCUUGCUAUGCGUAUGGAUUAUUGAAUGAUGACAAAGAAUAUAUUGAGACCAUCAAUGAGGGCGGCUUGUGGCUUUCUGCCAAUUAUCUCCGUCGUCUUUUUGUGAUCCUGCUCACUACUCAAAGUAUAUCCAUUCCUUCUAGAGUUUGGGAUGCUACGUGGCAGCUGUUAGUCUAUCUCAGGAGCAAGUUAAAGACUUUACUCUGGUCGAAAUAG